CAUGGUUUCUGAGGGAGCAAACAUGGCAGGAGUUGGGCGGGCGCGUGCUUGCAAGGGUAGCUGGCAUGGCAGCUGGGGAGGAUGAAACUGCCUGAGCCCGCAAGGAGAUGACAGCACGAGGGCUUGACACCUUCAAAGAGUCAUUCGAAGACUCCGAAGAAUGGGAAGAGCUCGUCUCCAUCAUUCUGGAGGAGAUGAAGGAAAGAGUGGUCACCAACGGGAGAAGCAUCUUCUCUGAUCUCAGCCAAGAGCAGAGGUCUGCCUUGUUCUCAUCCAUUGAAGACGAGUUUCUUCCCGAGAGCGAUGCUUACCAGAGCCUCGUUCACAAGGCUGAACAUAUCACGGAAAGGUACAUGCAAGAGCAGUCGAUCAGGGAUUCGAACAAGCCAGGCUCGACUCUUGGCAAGAUGGAGAUUCUUGUGAACAUCGCUGGCAACAUCUCAGGCACCAUUCUUGAGCGAUGGCCAGACCGUUUCGACAUCCUGCGGCAUCUGAGCUUCUACGGACUUCCUGCAGCAUUGCGGGUUCAGGUCUGGGGCAUGUACCUCCGAGGGAGCCUUCGGAAUAGCUCAGGGGACGUUGCGCUGAAGAUCGCCGCGAAUGAUGCAGAGUUGUGGACAAUGUGCAGCGAGCUGCUGAAUGAGCUGGGGGUCAGGAACGUCACGAAAAGGGCAAACCUGAUGAAAACAGUCAUAUCACACCUCACAGCAAGCAGCAAGGUCGACUUAGUGACGCCCUGGUUGUUCGCUGUCGUUCCGCUGGUGGCA